UGGAAGUGAGGGUGGGACGGUCGUGGCUCCAGGGCUGCUGAGACGGUGGAGGCGGAGGCAUGAGGAGAGCUGCGUGGCUUCAGUGAGCACACCGGGAUGUACAGGCCGGGGGCCGCAGGCCGGCUGCUGAGGGAGGGCAGGAGCAGCCUGUGAAACGGGGUGACGGCGGCGACCAGCCCGGGCGGGGACCGGGACUGGAAAGGGCGCCUGAGCAGCCGGCUGGUCCGGCGGCUGGGCUAGGGCUGGGGGCCCCGGGACUUGAGAUACCAACGCCCGGCUGAGCCUGCCGGGGCAGAAGGGCCAAGGAGAAGGGUCUUUACCGUUGGGAAAGGACGAGGGCGAAGUGAGGUUUGGAGGAAACGGGAUCUUAGGAAGUGGCCGGAAGUGGUGAGAAGCUGGUAACAGGCGUCGGACAAGGAACCGAAAGGAUCAGGGAGAAAGAAGGGAAGUGUGUGUAAGGAGCUGAAGGAAUCAAGUGACGAGAAAGAAGGUCGGUGUAAGUGAGGGAAAGGUGAGGUGUGGUUAGAUCAGAGGGAAGUAGGAGAAGGUUUUGUGGAAGUGGAUAGAGGACCAAGGGAAAAGCCGUGGAAGUGGCUGGGGCCCGGGGCCAGAACAGUGCCAGACUUGGCCAGAAGGCAGCGGAGCACAGUGCAAACCUGAGAGUGUUUGGAAAUUGGAAGACCUGGUGGCGAACGAGGGUCAGGACUCAGAUCCUGCCUCGGAGAGUGAGCGACGCGUCCGGGAUGUGGGAUCGGAGGCUGGUAAGGUUGGCCUUGUUGCAGCAGCUUCGGGCGGUCUAUGGCAUUAAGGUCAAGAGCGGCCGUGGGCAGUGCGAUCGCAGGAGACAUGAAACAGCAGCCACGGAAAUAGUGGGUAAAAUAUUUGGAGUACCUUUUAAUGCAUUGCCCCAUUCUGUUGUACCAGAAUAUGGACACAUUCCAAGUUUUCUUGUUGAUGCUUGCUCAUCUUUAGAAGAGCAUAUUCAUACAGAGGGGCUUUUCAGGAAAUCAGGAUCUGUUAUUCGUCUAAGAGCCCUAAAGAAUAAACUGGAUCAUGGUGAAAGUUGCCUAUCUUCGGCACCUCCUUGUGAUGUUGCAGGACUUCUUAAGCAGUUUUUCAGAGAAUUGCCAGAACCCAUCCUUCCAGCUGAUUUGCAUGAAGCAUUUUUCAAAGCUCAACAGUUAGGAACAGAGGAGAAGAGUAAAGCUACAAUGUUGCUCUCCUGUCUUAUGGCUGACCACACAAUUGAUGUAUUAAGAUACUUCUUUAACUUUCUCAGAAAUGUUUCCCUUAGGUCCAGUGAGAAUAAGAUGGAUAGCAGCAAUCUUGCAGUAAUAUUUGCACCAAAUCUGCUUCAGACAAGUGAAGGACAUGACAAGAUGUCUGCUAACACAGAAAAAAAGCUACGAUUACAGGCUGCAGUGGUGAAGACUCUCAUUGAUUAUGCAUCAGAUAUUGGGCAUGUUCCAGAUUUUAUCCAGGAAAAGAUACCAGCUAUGUUGGGUCUUGAUGGUCUCUGUGCUACUCCGUCAUUAGAAGGCUUUGAAGAAGGUGAAUGUGAAACUCCUGGUGAUUGUAAAAGAAAGCGAAGACAAAGUGUAGGAGAUUUUGUUAGUGGAGCAUUAAAUAAACUUAAAUCUAACAGAACACCCUCUGUUACACCUCAACAGGAAAAAAUUGCCCAGGUAUCCAUCUCACCCACGAUUCUUACACCAAAUGCUAAACGUAAACUGCCAGUGGAUUCCUCUCAUGGUUUCUCAAGUAAGAAGAGGAAGUCCAUCAAGCACAAUUUUAACUUUGAGUUGUUGCCAACUAACCUCUUCAGUAGCAGUUCUACACCAGUAUCAGUUCCCUUUGAUACAAGCCCAGAAGGAUCAUCUCAGAGUUCACUCUCUCCCAUUGCCAUCAGUGGAAGCCACUUGAUCAGUUCAGGUGUACUAAGGCGAAGUAAGAGGAUUGCAAGCAAAAAGGUUUGCAGAGUGGAAUCAGGAAAAGCAGGCUGUUUCUCUCCUAAGAUCAGUCGUAAAGAAAAGGUCCGAAGAUCUCUUCGUUUGAAAUUUAGUCUGGGGAAAAGUAGCAAAGACAUGAAUGGGUGUUCUGGGGUCGAUCGACGUGAAAAUGUUGGUCGACGACUUGCAAAUCAACAAAGUUUAAAAAAUAGGAUUGAGUCUGUAAAAACAGGUCUGCUUUUUAGCCCAGAUAUUGAUGAAAGAUUAACAAAGAAAGGUUCAAAAAAGAUCAGUAAGUCUGAGGAAAACUUAUUAACUCCAGAGCGUCUAGAUGGAACAAGUUACCGGAUGUCUUGGACGGGACCUAGUAAUUCCAGUUUUCAAGAAAUAGCUGCAAAUGAAGGUUCUCCAAUCAAGGGAAAUGUUGAGGUGGAAAACUCUUCUUUGGAGCCUGAUACAACAGUUGAAAAGUCCCCUCUUAGUUCAUAUGGACUCACCCCUUCUAGCGUACAUGAUAAGCAUAAUAAUGACAAAACUGGAAGCUCUCUUAGUGGGGAUGAAAAUAACUUGACCACAGAGACUUUGGUGAAAAUUCAGAAAGCAUUUUCUGAAUCCGGAAGUAAUCUUCAUGCAUUGAUAAAUCACAGGCCGUCAUCAGUAACUAAUGUGGGGAAAGUGAAGCUAAAUGAAACAUCUUCUAUAGAAUAUAGCCCAGAGAAAAAUCUAUUUGAAACUAAUGAUUUGACUGUGAUAGAAUCAAAUGAACAUGAGAAUAAAACAGAUGAAAAUAGUUUUUCAGAACAAGACAUCUCACUACAUCAAACUCAGAAAUUGGAUAGAGAAGCAACUAUAACAUUUUACUCAAGUCAUACGAAGAUUGAAUAUGAGAAAAGCAUCCAUUCGAAUAUACUUAGAGAUCAUUCACUCAAGCCAGAAUUGCCUAGUGAUGAACACAUAAAGAAUCAGCAGCCCACAAGGGACAAGCUGAAUGCUCCAUUAAAGGAGAAUGAGAAUGAGAAUAUGAUUGGAGAGAACUUGCUGAAACGUGCAGCUUCUAGGGAGGAUCCAGCUGACACCUCUUCCUCAGAGCAGAUUACAUGUAAUAGAACAAACUUGCCAAAACCGAGGCCUGUGAGAAUCGUCCGGCAGCCGUCACUGGUGGAAACCUGCCACACAACCGGCUCUGAGAGCUUACAAGUGGCAGAGCACGGAAGGGUGUCAGACCACAUACAGUGGUUUAAUAAGCUUUCUCUCAAUGAAACAAACAGAACCAAAGUUCGCUCACCUCUUAAGUUUCAGCGUACACCUGUCCGUCAGUCUGUCAGAAGGAUUAACUCCUUGUUGGAGUACAGCAGACAACCUGCAAGGCAGAAAUUGGCAAGUCUUGGUGAUGCGGCUUCUCCUCUGGUUAAAUCCGUAAGCUGUGACAGUGCUCUUUCCUCUGGUCUCGAAAGUACAUCAAAGGAUUCCUUGAUUUCAUGUACCAAGUCAGGUCCUAAGGAAUUGAAGUUUACAGCAUGUGAACAGCCAAAUAGUGAUGCAAUUUCAAAAUCAAGCAUGGAGUUAACUUACAAGUCUUUCUCAAGGAUGAAGAGGCACCCAGACUCCAAGAAUGCUUCUCUUGGGUCUACCAGAGUUUGUAAACAGGAAGUAGUAUCUGAUGGCCAAAUUAAGAUUCCUUUGGAUGACCUGACAAAUCAUGACAUAUUAAAAUCUGUUGUAAAUAAUAAUACAGGCUCUUCUGGGAUAAAUAACAGGGUCCUUAGGAAACCGUCAGAAAAAGAAAGGGUCUGGUAUAAAGGUUCUCCAAAAAAUCCUAUUGGCAAAGGUCAGCUACUACCAACGAGUAAACCUGUAGACUUGUAAUUGACAGAUGUUAAUACUUGUUACUGUAAAUAAAAUUAGAGGGUGGUGAUAGGACUGGCAGGAUAAUCUGCAUGUUAGUUUGCUAGCUCAGGAAGAUUAAGUGAUUUUAGUUUCACUUAACAAGCAACUUGAAUUCUUAUGCUUGUAUAAAUGACUUGUUUUUCUUAAUUAUGGCAGUAUUUAAACUUGUGAUCUCUUAAAGCAGAGGUUAUACUUUACUUUUUGAAAGAAAUUGUUGGCUGGGUUUGUGAGAAAUUAAUUUUUGAAAAUUGUAUGAAUUUUGUACUACGUGUGAUAGAAAAAGUGGAACGAGUUGUCUAUUUCCUGUUAUUCCUCCUAAGUCAGAGAAGGUUUCUACAAGAAAUUUCUAACAUAAAGGGAAAAGAUAAGCCUUACAAAUCUUAUUUCUUAAAUUACAUUGAUAUUUGUGGUUUUUGCCAAAAUCCCUAAAAAUUAACUUCCUUCAAUAGCCUCUUAAUCUUGUACUCCUAUGUGGGGCAGAAUAAUUAGGUUUAUAUUGUCUGUAGUUGUGUACAGUGUGUUCACUUGGACUAAGAAUAAUGGCUAAAGCAGAAUAAUGACCCAAGUAUGCUCUUAUAGAAUGAUGCUGCAGAAAUAAUUGAUGACUUUUGAGCCAUACUAUGUUUUUAAAGUUAAUUUGCACAAAUACAUUCGCUGUUUUGUCUGAUAGAGAAUUUUAAAAUUAUUUAAGGAGGAAUAAUUAAGCUUGGAAAUUUUUAAUCAAGGUGAUUUCUUACAUGCACACACUUGAUUUUAUAAUUUAAAAUAGUUGAUGUACCUCUGUAUAUCUAACUUGGAUUCUUAACUUUUGAUUCUUAUAAAAGCCUAUGAUGGUUUUGUCUGGUGUGUAAAUGUUAUUUAUUUAGCAUAAACAUUAAAGAUAACCUUCUGGAAAA